AACCCGCCUCUGCUUUGGUCUCGCGCUGCUCUUUAGCUCAGAGCUACGACGUUGCGUUUAGGUGCAGAGCAGAGACCCGUUCUUAGGGAAUUUUUUAAAGUAAAGUCAGACACUGAGGAGGUCUAAACGCUGAUCGAACAGUUACCCGUUUCAGACAUUUAUCACCAUUUUGUUGAAUCUUCAAUAAAAUGGAUUCAAUGACUCAGUCCGCCCAGAUAUCAUCGUCGCAAGGUUUUGCCGAUGGACAGAAUUCUGCUGCCAAAGAAUCGAAGCUAUCCGAUUCCUUUCUUUCCUCUUCGCCUGUAUCUCUCAUUCAGUCUCCUCAAGACAAGAAAGUGGUCCAAGGCUCUGACAAGCCCUAUGAAGGUGUAGCUACAUUACUGCACUUUCCCUCUCAACCUGCUUCAUUCUCACCAAGCAGUUACGGGAGUGAAGCAGGGUCAGUAGAUGAACAGCAAGACUCUCCAAUAAAGAUGUCUCCUGUUUCUGAACGAAUAAAGGCACUAGAAGCUCUUGCUGCCAAAAAGAAGGAACCGGAUUUUAGAGGCAAUGGGGGUUUUGUUCUUUUUAAGGAUCGGCACCAUGAAAAAUCCCUCUCCGAGACUUCAAAAUCUCCCACCGAGAUGUCAAAAACACCCACUGCGACAUCAAAAUCUCCACCCGACGUUUCAAAAUCUCCACCCGACAUGUCAAAAUCUCCACCCGACAUGUCAAAAUCUCCACCUGACGUCUCAAAAUCGCCACCCGACGUCUCAAAAUCGCCACCCGACGUCUCAAAAUCGCCACCCGACGUCUCAAAAUCGCCACCCGACGUGUCAAAAUCGCCACCCGACGUGUCAAAAUCUCCACCCGAUGUGUCAAAAUCUCCCUCCGAGGCACCAAGGCCCCCCGCUGAGGGACCAAGGUCUAUUUCUGAGAAAAUGAUACCUACUCUUCAGAAAGUGGGAGAUUGUGCAGAUCACGAGUCACCAGAGUCCCCUUUUGAAAUACUUGAAGAUUUGCGACAUGUAAAUGAGUUUGAAGAGACUGAACAGUGGAUGAAGGCUCAUUUGCCCCCUGUCCCAGACUUUGACUGUGAAGUUUUAGUUGAAGGCAAGAAUGCAGUUCCAUCAAAGUUGAAUGAUUUGGAUACACCGGCUGCCAUUGCUGGUGUACCUGACGUUUUCAUGGAUUGUCCUGUUGAAGUUCAGAAACUUAAAGAAGAGCUUGUUGGAACACAGAAAACAGGAGUUGAGGAAGAGUUUGAUGUUAGCUUUUUACCAACAGCUUACAUGUGGGAUCGUCAGGAAAAAUCAAGUGUUGAGGCUCCAUCAAAUCUUGAGUCGGCGAUUCAGUUUUCAGCACCUUCUGUUGGCUUUGAUUCCACACCAUCUUCUGUGUCCCCUCGAUCUUGUCCAGAUGCUAACCAGAAUUUUUCAAAUGAGAUGAAAGCCUCUUGGAGCGGAGAUUUUGACCAGCCAGAUACAAGCGAAGCAGACAGUUCAGGGGAGUCUGACGAUACUGUCAUUGAAGAUAGUCCUGGGGCUCCUGCUUCUGUUUUUCCAUCAUUGUCCAAGGAUUCUGUUCCUGUAUCUACAACUCCUGCUCAAACUACCAUGGAAAUGGACAACGAUUCACCAAAGUGUGAAAGAAAGCUAAUGCAGGUUCCAACAAUAAAUGUUAUUGAAACUGAUGAGCCAAAUUACAGUGAAGAGGAAAUGGACAUGGAGUCUGAGACAGAAGAAGGAGACAAUCAGGUUGUAAAAGACCUAGCCACAGAGGCUCCAAAAAUAUCAGAGCCAGAUGAUGAUAAAUCAGAACUACCCAAAACACGUCCCUUGGAAACUGAAUUCAUGGAAGGCUACUCUCCUCCAUCCUCGCCUGUGGACUCUGAUGAUGAAUACUCUCCAAAACACAAAAUUCUCAAAUCAAAUGCCGUGACCGGCUUUGAGCCAGUCCAACCCAAUCCAGCAGGUCCACUGGACUCAAUGGAAAAGUCACUGCAAGCACAAUUUGACAAAUCUCCAACUACCUUGACCAAAGUUACUACUGAACAUUCACUUUCUGGCGUCACAAAUGAAGAAGUGGACUUCGCAAACGAUGAUGAGUGGUCAGAAGUAAAGGAGAUCCUGGUUAAACCUGAGAAGACUUGUCUUGUGUCUGAAAUUGAUGAAAAAGGAAAUGUAGCAUCUAAAGAGAUGAUUGAACCUGCUCCUCUAUCCAGAUCCAGCUCCAUGCAGGAUGAUAUUUAUGACCGACAGUCAUUUGAUUAUGACUCUGAUGCAACUGCUCCCCUCGAACAUGAGAAAGGGCUAAGCAGUGCUAAGGAGCGCUUUCUUUCUGAUGCUGUCCAAAGUGGUGAUGUGCAAGGCAGGUUUGAUAUGGACAGAACCAUUUCACUCAGUGAGGAAGACUUCAUCAAAUCUGAUGGUCUGCCACCUCCAGAAGAAUACCCCCCAAACCCAUACUCCUGUUUUGAAAGCGAGACCAAAAACUUCACCAGUGAACAAGAGUCCAUGGAGAAAGUAACUACAGAUGAUGUUGUAGAUGACAUAAAAAAUGCCAACACCCCCCUCUUCCAGAAACCUGAUUCAGACAUCCAUCAGAUCAAUAAAGUGGGUCUUGAUGCACCUGACAUAACCAGCUCAGACAGAAGUGAUGACAACUCCUCUGUUUCUGAACCUACUGAUAGUUUUGUGGAUUUCAUGAAAGAGUGUCUAAAGUCUAGACAGGAUGAUGAAGAAGCAGAUGGUCUUCAUCAAAGUGUACCCUCUCCUUACAGCAGCUCUCCGAGCAUGGUGAUGGAUCUUGAACAAGAACAUCUUACAAUCAGUGCUCUUAAAGAGCUUGGCAACAGUCAAGAUGAGGAGGGGCUUGUUUCUGAACCAAAUCAAUCUAACCCCAGUUCUACAUCUAUGCAGUCAAUGUCUUCCACCCCAGAUCCUCCACCAUCAUUUUCUCAAGACAACCGUGUCUGUGACAACACGUAUUCCAGAGAGGUUGAAGUCGUAGACGAAUGGGUAGCUGAAGCCUACCACCUUGCUGAGCAUGUCUUGACGGCAAUACUAACUCACUUAUCAGUGAAGGACCUGAUCCACUGGCGAGACCCUAAGAAGUCUGGUCUAGUCUUCGGCCUGUCCAUGCUGCUGCUGCUGUCACUGGCAGCCUUCAGCGUCAUCAGCGUGGCCUCCUACCUGCUGCUCGCUCUGCUCUGCGUCACCAUCACCUUCCGCAUCUACAAGUCCAUUGUCCAGGCGGUGCAGAAGUCUGCUGAGGGACACCCAUUCAAAGCGCUGUUAGAGAAGGAUGUCAGCAUUCCUCCGGAGACCUUCCGUAAGCACGUCGAUUCCAGUCUGACCUACAUCAACCGAGCCCUGCAGCAGAUGAGCCGCCUCUUCUUGGUGGAGGACCUUGUGGACUCCCUAAAGCUGGCUGUGGUCAUGUGGUUGCUGACCUACGUUGGAGCGGUCUUCAAUGGAAUCACCAUCCUCAUCCUGGCGGAUAUCCUGCUCUUUGCUGUUCCUCCUGUCUAUGAGAAGAAUAAGACCCAGAUCGAUCAGUACAUUGAUCUUGUUCGUACUCGAGUCAACGCCAUGAUUGCAAAGUUACAAGAAAAACUUCCUGGAGCGGUGAAGCGGGCCAAAACCGAAUGAUCCUACACCCUUCACGUCUCCAUCAUCAUCAUCAUCUCCAUCAUCUGAAAGCCCUCUAUCAUGUCCCCCACACCCCCGUCUAACCCCCACCCACCUCCACACUGCUACACUGAACCAUGCUAGGUAGAAAAUCUCCGAGCUACUCGAUGUUCGACGCAAGACUACUGCACAGCUUAACACGAGCAUUAGGACGCCGUGCGUGUGCGCGCACACACACACACACACACAAGGCCAGGAGGUCAUGUGACACUUGAGCAAAACCCACCUGUAAAUAGACUCUGGUGAACUAGACGGAAUCUGCGACCUGGUUUCAUCAAGUACCGCGAACACCAGGUGAACUGUAGCGGCGCCUAAAAAAGCAGAACCACAAUUCCCUCAAAUGACGAGGCACGUUUAUUUAUGAAAUGAAGACGCCUGCGCGCUCCGAUUGGCCCGUUUGGGUUGCUUUCACCUGUCUGUGAUGCACUGAACCGUUAAACCCACGAGCGUGUUUGAAUGGGCCGGCUGCGGGUUCGGUCUAGUUCACCGUCUUGUGUUGAGAUGCACGUUGGAACCGUUGUUUGUGUAAAUACACCUGAAGACGACGAGCAGCUCUGCUAUUAGGAAACUCUGACCCGGCUUUUACAUCCGAGGAUGGUUCCCCGACUCCUGCUCCUCCUCGGGCCCGGCGCUGCUGUUCGUCUGUAUAGUUUAUUAGAACUCCUGUUAUGGAUCCGGUAGGACUCGGGCGUUCCUGACUGGACCCGGCGGGGUACAUAGCGCUGAAACGUAGAUAUCCAAACGCUUUCCCGGGUUGCUGUCGAUUUAAUAAGUAAAAUGUUUGAUUUUAAUUUAUUUGCAAAAAAAAAAGUCCAGAGUUGAUGUAAAAUGUCAGCGGUAGAUGAAACGCAACAGCGGGUCUCUACCAGAGCUUUAGUUUUGCAGCUGGACGCAACAGCAGCGUACUUUGUGUUGGUGUUGAUGAACGCGUGGAAGAUUGUGACCCGAGAAGAAGUUUGAUGGUUCCGGGUCGAUCAGGAGGUGCUGUUUAAUGGAAGAGCAGAUCAGAGCGCGUUAUAGAAGGGCGCCCCCAGGUUGUGUCGUACUCCUGACCCUAGCUUUGUUCGGUAAGCCUUUCCAGCUCGUGAUCGUCUCCGUGGUGAUUUAGACUUUGGUAAACCGUAGUGACGUGUUCUCUCUGCAGCUCCGUCUCGUUUUUAGGAGGAAGUUGAACACCACGUGUUGGUGUUGGUCCUGACGUGUUCCCUGGGUGACCUGGCAAAGGUCCAACCCCCAACCCCCGUGCAUGACCUCUGUACGUCGUGUCACUGUGAUUCUCUGGCGUGCUCCAGCUGAUUCGUGCUCCGGUCGGACUUCUGCUCUGCCACCUGGGCUCCGUCGGACGCUUGGCUUCUGAAAUAUAAUUUCACUUAAACAUUUGUUGGAUGUUUGGUUGAGAAUUUAUUUGUGUUUAAGUGGAAACAUCAACUAUACAAAGUAAAAUAAAAGUGUCUGUGAAUGUUUUGGGUGUUUUUGAUUCCUCUGGACAGAUAAAGGAAACUAGAACUUUACUUUGGAAACCUUUUUUUUUUUUUUUUUUUUUUACUUUUGUGCCUAUAAAUAUUGUUGACAAUGUAUUCGUUCCACCACUUUCCACGUUAGCUGUUGCUGUAUCAGAGGACACGCCAUCAGCAGUAUUUAUAGUUGCCAUGUUGGUUUUGGUAGGAGCUCACUUGGGUUAGAAGCACAUAAGAGAAGUUGUCUUAUUCUGAAGGACUUGAAUCAAAUUUCCCUGCAUGCUUUUUUACUGCGCUAAGAUUUCAUGUUUAGGAUGAGCUGACCCCUAAAUGUUCGCUCAGCUUCCUAAGAUGCUCAGGCGCCGCCAAGAUGGCGUCCGUCUUUAGUGCGAACCAUGGAUAGGACGUCUUGAUGCAGCAUGCUUUCCUCCCCGUUUGAGGUUUAUUCAGUUUGCUUUGAAAUGAUUUAACGGGUAAAGAGUUUGGUUCCAGGGUUUGAGCGAUGUUGCAGGAAAAAGAAAAGUUUGUGGUCUCUGUACUGAUGUCCAAGUGAAACUAAUAAAAACAGCUGAAAGGUC